GAUUUAAGUUAAUCGAAAAUGAAAUAAAAAUUUAAGUUGAGCACUAGUCGUCAGUCGACUAAUCGAAAUAGAGGCUUAUCAAUUGAUCUUGAGAACAGCGUAUUAUGAAUAACUAAUAAUAGAAAAUCAGUGAUAGGAUUCAAUCAGCAAAGAGUUAAUAUUCUAAAUAAAGAUAAUUAAGACAUAGUUCUUAAUUUGAAAGAUACAGUAAGAAUAUCUCUCAGAAUGCAAGUUAAAUUCUUUUCUUAUAAAAUAGGGAGAACAUCUCAUUAUGAUUUCAAAUAGUUGCUCUUAUCAAAAUCUUUUGAGCAUAAACUAAAGAAACCAUUACUAAGAUCCUCAUAUGUGUCAAGUCAGAACCAGUACUCAGAACCAAGUCCAUAUUAUUCAGAAAACCCCUAGGUUUAUUUUUGA